AUUCCUUGGACUUGCCUUUUCCUGUAAUUGUCUGAAAAAAACACAAUAGUCACAAAAACAAGCCGUCCUUCUAUGCUCGCUGCCUUUCUCUGAUCUAAAGCUUCCUUACCUCACACACUUCUCUCUUUCUCUCUCCUCUUUCUUACUCUUCACUACCGACAUAUCUUCGAGAUUCAAUCUGCAGGGACUGCAACUAUAAGCCAUUUAUCGAACCAAUUACUUCCUAUUAAUUUGAAGAUUCAAGUUUGAAUUUCUGCUGCAAAAUUUGAGCAAUAAUGAUUAAUUAAUUAAUGGUGCCAUUAUAGAGCCAGGGAUUUCAGUUCAUUUCACUGCCAAGUUCAUAAAAUUGGUUGAAUUUGAGUCUAGUUGAUUGCAAUUCUUCAAUCAAUCAAUGGCUUCUUCGUCUGAUAAUUCUGACCCAGAUAAGGGUAUGUCUGCUGAUAAUAUCAAGGGUUUGGUAAUGGCAUUGUCGUCUAGUUUUUUCAUUGGUGCUAGCUUCAUUGUUAAGAAGAAAGGGUUGAAGAAAGCUGGUGCUUCUGGUGUUAGGGCAGGAGUUGGAGGCUAUUCUUAUCUAUAUGAGCCGUUGUGGUGGAUAGGCAUGAUUACAAUGAUUGUUGGAGAAAUCGCUAACUUUGCAGCAUAUGCAUUUGCACCUGCCAUAUUGGUAACUCCACUUGGGGCACUAAGUAUUAUCAUCAGUGCUGUUCUUGCACAUGUAAUUUUGAAGGAGAAGCUACAUAUUUUUGGAAUGCUUGGUUGUGUUUUAUGUGUUGUUGGUUCAACUACGAUCGUUCUCCAUGCUCCUCCCGAACGUGAGAUUGAGUCUGUUAUAGAAGUGUGGAACUUAGCUACAGAACCUGGUUUUCUCUUUUAUGCUGCUUUAAUCAUGACUACUGUGUUUGUACUCAUAUUCCAUGUCAUUCCGGAGUAUGGACAAACGCAUAUUAUGGUUUACAUUGGAGUUUGCUCAUUGGUGGGAUCUUUAUCGGUAAUGAGUGUGAAAGCACUUGGAAUUGCUGUGAAGUUAACACUCUCUGGAAUAAAUCAAUUAAUUUAUCCUCAGACAUGGGCCUUCAGUAUGAUUGUUGCUGCUUGCAUAAUCACACAAAUGAAUUAUUUGAACAAGGCUCUUGAUACAUUCAACACAGCGGUUGUAUCUCCAAUAUAUUAUGUCAUGUUCACAUCUUUUACAAUAUUGGCUAGUGUGAUUAUGUUUAAGGACUGGAACAGACAGAAUCCAACACAAAUCGUGACUGAAAUGUGUGGUUUUGUGACUAUCCUCUCGGGGACCUUUCUUCUUCACAAAACGAAGGACUUGUCUGAUGCAGGUGUAUCUAGUUGUUUGCCUGUGAAAUUGAGUAAGCACAUAGGGGAAAAUGGAUUUGAGGACUCUGAGGGUAUACCCCUUAGACGACAAGAUUCAGUGAGAUCGACAUGAUAUUUUACAAUUUCCAAGAAUUUGAUGCACUUAUUUGGGAGGGAGACCAGAUGAGCUUCCAACUUUCCCAACAAUUUUGGAAGAAAGAGAAGCGGUGUGUUGUAAAUGAUGGAGCUUAUGUCCAUGUCCUACACCACGUACACCCCUCAACUGCCAAAUUGUAGUUUUUGUGGUCAUUAUUUUUCUAUAUUUGCAAAGUGUAGCAUAAAAAGUAGCAAAGGAAAAGCUAAAAUGAGAUGCUGCCAUUGAGUUGCCUGGUCAACUAAUCUCUGUAAACUGUAAUGUAUCACAAAGUUUAAUAGCAGCUGUGUAUAUGCUUUUUCUUUUUUAAUUUUAAGUAUAAAUUUGCAAUCGUAA